AUGAGUUACGGCUAUAACGACUACUCAGGGAUGAAUUAUGGUCCUUAUGGACCUCAAUAUCCUGUCAAUUCUUAUUCAACUCGAGGAUAUCCAAAUGAAGGCUAUGCUCCUCCGAUGGGACCACCUCCUUCCGGUAAUCGACCGAAUGUAAAUGGUUAUAACAACAAAAUGCCCAUAGGAAACGUAGGACACGUUGAUGCUGCUGCUAGCCAGCAUGUUGGAUAUGCACCUCCUUCUGGGGCGCCUCCUGCUACAGGAAACUAUGCUUAUAACAACCCAGAGUAUCAGGGACCGCAAUUACCUAGUUCAAACUCACAGUCUUAUGACUUUUCAGGUGGUGGAUCAUUUAACUAUCAAUACUCUACUUGCCAAGGAAAGCGAAAAGCCUUGCUGAUCGGUCUCAACUAUGUGAAUACCCCAAAUGAAUUACAGGGAUGUAUCAACGAUGUUAUGGCUACAGGUCAGCUUUUGAGAGAGCGUUAUGGAUACCAAGCUGACGACAUGGUAAUUAUGACCGAUUAUGCUCAGCAUCCAAGAGCUAUUCCUACUCGUCAAAACAUGUUGGAUGGCAUGCGAUGGCUCGUGAGCGGCGCUCAGCCAAAUGAUUCGUUGUUUUUUCAUUAUAGUGGACAUGGUGGGCAAACAAAAGAUUUAAAUGGUGAUGAAGCUGAUGGAUACGACGAAACAAUUUAUCCCUUAGACCAUGAAGUCUCAGGACAAAUUGUCGACGAUGAAAUGCAUGAUAUUAUGGUUCGCCCUUUACCUCCUGGUUGUCGUCUGACGGCCAUUUUUGACUCCUGUCAUUCUGGAGGUGCUCUAGACCUUCCUUUUACCUACUCUACUAAAGGUGUACUCAAAGAACCGAAUAUGCUCAAGGAGUCAGGUAAGAAUGUUCUACAUGCUGGUAUGUCAUAUAUGGCUGGUGAUAUAGGAGGUAUAUUCAGCAAUGUGAAAAAUAUUGUUCAAAGCGCCUCUGGCGGAUUUCGCAACAACGCUGUUCAGUAUUCCAGACAAUACAAGUUCUCACCCGCUGAUGUUAUUUCUAUUUCCGGUUGUAAAGACAAUCAAACCAGUGCCGAUACAAACGUCAAUGGUUUUGCAACUGGUGCACUCUCAUAUGCCUUCCGGGAGGUUGUGUCUCAAAAUCCUCAACUUACCUACCUACAAAUGCUUCAAGGCGUCCGGCAUGUCUUACAAAGCAAGUACUCACAACUUCCCCAAUUGGGUUGUAGCCAUCCUUUGGAUAUGAAUUUGGCUAUGCUUCUCUAA